UCUUCUGUCUCCCGGUACGCAAUGUGAGCCUGGCACUUUCUUGCAUUCGAAAAACAACGCGUCGCCACGAAAGGCCGCCACGAAAAGUCCAGCAUAGCAGAUAGAACCCUGAAAAUGCCGCGAAAGAAAGCCUUCAGCAUCAAGAUGAAAAAGAAACAACUUCAAGACAAACGACAAAGAAAGCGGGAUAAGGAUGAAGAUUCUGCUAAUUCCAAUGGGGGGAAUUCUGCUGACUCUGAAGGGGGAGAAGAAAGUGAACAGUUUGAACCAGUAACCAUGAAGCUGCACCAACAACCCACUCAACACAAAGGCGAAAUCCUUCCUUACGACCCAAAUAGGUAUCAUUUGCAUUUUGCCCGUGAAUCAAAAGCAGAAGUAGAAGAAAGGAAGAGGUUGGCUAGACUGCCAUUCACGCUAGUUUCAGAGGUUGAGCUGGAGGUCUCUGUGGAAUCUGUAUACAAACCAGGAUCAGUCCUUGAUAUGCCAAAGAGACCCCCUUGGAAUUUCCAAAUGAGUAAAGAGCAGGUGGAAAACAAUGAAAGAAAAGAAUUCCAGAAAUAUCUAGAAGAAAUCUACAAGCACCACAAGCAAUCUGAACUAAGCUACUUUGAGCAUAAUCUUGAGACAUGGCGGCAACUCUGGAGGGUUCUAGAAGUUUCUGAUAUCAUAGUUUGUUUAGCUGACAUUAGACACCCCGCUCUGCAUUUUUCCCCUGCCCUGUAUGAGUAUGUUUUAAAGGAUUUAAAAAAGAAGUUUAUACUGGUAUUAAAUAAGGUGGAUCUUGUAAGCCCCGAGCUUGUAACUGCCUGGAAGUGCUAUUUCCAGUCAAAGUACGAACACCUUAGUGUUGUAUGCUUUAGCUCAUUCCCAAAGGCUGAGUCUGAAAGGAACAAAGAACAAGGAAAAGUUUUAUCCAAGAAGCAAAGGCGGAAAAAAUUCAACUCUGCUGUUGGUCCAAGGGAACUACUGGCAGCCUGUUCAAAGUUAUGUGGAGAUAAAGUGGACCUGAUGAGUUGGGAGAAAAAGAUUGUUGAGCAGGAGAGAGGAGAAGUGGAGGGCUGGGUCGAGUAUGAUGAGCUUGAUAGCUCAGAUGAGUCUGAAGAUGAGAUUGACCAAGUACACGAGGAAGUUGAGACCAAUGAUGCUCUUCUGACACUAGGAUUUGUGGGUCAUACAAAUGUUGGGAAGUCUUCCCUGCUUAACGGACUUGUAGGCAAAAAGGUUGUAAGUGUGUCACGCACUCCAGGUCACACCAAGCACUUCCAGACGAUCUUCCUGACACCAAGUGUGAGAUUGUGUGACUGCCCGGGGCUUGUGUUUCCUUCUCUUGUGGACAAACAACUACAGAUCCUAUCGGGCCUUUUCCCGAUUUCACAAGUCCAGGAGCCCUACACAGCGGUGGGAUACCUUGCUGCCAGAUGGCCGCUAGUGCACAUGCUCAAACUCGUGCUACCGCAGGACCUGCAGGAAGACGACAAUAAGGAGGUUGACCAUAAGUGGUCCGCAUGGGACAUCUGCGAGGCUUGGGCCGAGCGGAGGGGCUACAUGACCGCGAAGGCCGCCAGGCGAGAUGUCUAUAGAGCAGCCAAUAGCAUCCUGAGACUAGCUGUGGAUGGAAAAGUGCCAAUGUACCACUACCCACCGGGCUUUGUACAAGAACGAGACAAAUGGAAGGAUCAUCCAGACACCCUUGCCCUGGCUCAGGUACAAGAUCAGAAAAGCGAGAGUAGGCGCCAGCGGGAGGUGGACGAAGAGGUCAGCGAACUGCGCAUGCGCCUCAAGCCUCACAGUCUGCAACCACGUGACUUUAUGGAGAGCGCAGACGGCGACGACGAGGACGAAACAGCAGAGGAAGGGGGACUGGUCUCCAACAAUCCAUUUGCAUUGCUCGCGGACGAGUAGCACCACAGGUAGCACAACUACUUUACAAUGAAUUAAGGUUCCUCGAGAAAAGGAACUGGCCCCUAAACAAUCGAUUGCAUUCUUGACGGACGAAAAGCACCACAUGUAGCUCAUAAGCUGGAUGAUUUAAUAAGAGAAAGGUAUAUAUAUAGUCAAAUAAAACAUUUGAACUUCUCUUGGAAUAGCACCACAGGUACCCCAUAUGGUUUGCUGUUAAAUAGUUUAUCCAGAGUGUGCAACGCAGAAAGUAAAUGCAUAUUUAUUGAUAUGACUCAAUCUCGCUCCCAGAGCCCACGUACCUUUUGCCCGGCGGCAAUUUACCUUGCGGCUGUACCAUGCCGCUGGGCCAAAGGUACGUGGGCUCUGGGAACGAGAUUGGCAAUAACUGUAUGAGGAUCACAGUCCGCAUGCGCGGAAUGCACUGGGAGCACGAAAGGGACCAGGAAGGCCAUGUUCAUGUGUGAGAUCAGGAAAAAGAAACUGUAAAAGACAUUGCCAUCUAUUUUAGAUUGGAAACAAAACACGGAUAAAAGAAAAUAUUAUAAAGAAAUAAAAAUAUGUAAAUAAUUUCAAAGCGAAAUGUUUAUGCAUGUUAUGUUUCAGUCGAAUGACAUGUGAAAGAGAAACCUGUAAGUAAAAUAAAAUGGUUCUAUUUGACUUGA